AUGACAGUCCCCAAAGCCUUGACUGGCACAAGGAACACCCUUCUGGCAGGAAUUCCCUCUCGGUUCAGCGUCGGCAGAUCUGAGAGUGACUUCACCCUGACUGUCACGGCAGUCCAGUCUGAGGAUGCAGGGAUUUACUACUGUCAGAGUAAUAUCAGUGCUGUGCUCGGGCAUGUGAGUGUGCUGAACAGCAGCCCUCGAGGUCUGUCAAGUGGAAAGGAGGUUUUUGUACGGCGUCUCAACGAGGCUUUAUCACUGUGGCUCACUUUUGGUGGCGGCACUGAGAUCAUCAUCAGAUCGGGUGCUCCAGUCAAACCCACCCUCUCCCUGCUCCCCCCCUCUUCUGAGGAGUUGUCCAAGGGUUCGGCCACACUGUCCUGUCUGCUGAACAACUACUCCCCAAAAGGAGCACAGGUGACUUGGCAAAAGGAUGGGAGGGAGGUGACGGUGGGCAUCCUAACGGGACAGGAGGUGUGGAGCAGCUCUGGGUACAGCCGCAGCAGCAUCCUGACCCUCAGUAAAGCCAGCUGGGAUGAAGGAGAUCUGUACACCUGCUUGGUGGCCCAUGAGGGCAGCAGACAGUCCACUGAGCUCAGGAGGACACAGUGCAGUAUCUAGAGAAAUGCCCAGCUUACUGGCAGGAAGCAACCCUCACUCAAAUGCAUGGGUUUAUAAAAAUAGAUGAGUAAAAAUGAGGCAGAAAUGCAAACACAAAAGCCCCCUUGCCGCUUCUAACAUGUGCAUGCUUAGGUUUGCUGUAGUUAAGUGUGUAGGGAUGAGUUUGGGAAGAGGGGCACUUUGGUUAAGUUCGUCUGUUGCUUCUACUAUUGGUUUCUGUUGCUGAAUGUAUUUCUGCUUGUCUGCUGUUCAAAAGUUAAUAAAGUUUUUGU